AUGGUCGAAAACUCACCCGCCUCUCAAGAUGACGACCCCGGCCCCGAGCCCGGCGGCGGCAUGUCUGCCGGGUUUGCAUCCGGCAGCGCUUCCGGAAGCACAACUCCCGAGAAUGCCGCAGUCACGCCUAACCCUGAUCCGGCCGAACAAUCGACUAGCAGCGCCGAGGCCGCAGCUGCAGCCGCCCUGAAGAAGGAAAAAGGCCGUGUACGCUUCAAUAGCAGAGCGGCCGUGACCCAGCCCCCAACUUCACCACCACCCAACGCAACUCUGCCUGUUCCCACUCCGGCAAACCCACCGAGACCAUCUAUCUUGCGAGGCAGUUCGGGAAGCUCUAUUCCCACUGUUGCAACACUUGCCCAGGACAACCCGCGUCCCUCGGUUGAAAGCGAGCGACAGGAAGCCAAGUCUGCUGCUGCCGCUGCUCAGGAACGUGCACGCCAGGUUGCCGCAAACAUCAAGCUCGGAUCUCCUACCCGAGAGUCCCGAGUGUCCGUUGAAUCCGUUGGUACCACCACUGCAAGCGAGUAUGAUCCGCCCAGCAGGGAGGGAGCCUACAUUCCUCUUCAAGACCUCAACUCUGAUCAACCAUUGACCGGGAAGGCUAAGGAAGAGGAGGAGAAGCACGAACAUCAGGCUCAACUCAACUCGGAAGCUUACCGAAUCGUCCGGGCCCACACUUGGCGUAUUGCCGACAAGACUGAGAGCGAGGCCGGCCCGUCCAAUGCUCAAGAUGCUGAAAAGACUGAGCAAACCGACCACCUGCUCCCUGAAGUCAACGACGGCAACUAUGACGGUGUGUACGUCGUCCCUCCGCCGAAGCAGUAUCGCGGUAGCGUCUUGUCUCAGCUUCUCAAGCUGUACAAGCCUGCAGAGGGGCCUGUGCAGCCGCCCAACAACCGCAACUCUGUCGCCUCUUUCUCUAAUUUCGGAGGACCUCUGUCAACCGGCACUCCUGGCUCCGAGUCCGGCACCACUACUCCCACCGGCACCGCAACCCCUAGCCGUAAGAAGUGGUACCAGGCCAACAGGUCCCAGGAGACCCUCGUCAACCUGAUUGAGGCUUCUGCACGCCUCGCCAACCCCAACCAGCAGGGCGAGGGCCCAGGAUCGCCAAAGGAUGGCAAGGCCGCGAAGAAGCAGCGUCCCAAACACAAGCGCACUACCAGCAACUCUCGCAUCAGCGCGUACCUUGCGAGAGAAGAGGAGGAAGCCAAGAUCACAGUCCACAUUGCAGAGACCCUCGCUCGUCAGGAGUACAUCAUCACUCUUUGCCGCGCGUUGAUGCUAUUUGGUGCUCCCACCCAUCGUCUGGAAGAAUAUCUCUCUACGACCGCCAAGGUUCUCGAGAUUGAUGGCCAAUUCUUGUACCUUCCUGGCUGCAUGGUCAUCAGCUUCGACGACAGAUCCGUACACACGACUGAAGUUCGGAUGGUUCGCGCAGCGCAGGGAAUUGACCUUGGCAAACUUAGCGACACCCACCAUGUUUACAAGGAGGUCAUCCACGACGUUGUCUCAGUCAACGAGGGAAUCGAACGCCUGGAUGCGCUCAUCAAGUCCAAGGACAAGUUUCACGUCUGGAUCAGAGUCCUCGUCUUCGGCCUCACUAGUGUCACUGCCGCACCGUUCUCUUUCGGCGCCCGCCUUAUUGAUCUCCCUCUCGCAUUCUGUUUCGGCUGCCUCGUCGGGUUCCUCCAGCUCAUCGUAGCUGCCCAGUCCAAGCUCUACAGCAAUGUUCUUGAGGUCACCGCAACCGUCCUGCCCAAGGAGGCAUCGUUAUGCUUUUGCCGGGAUACAUGGUUUGCUUCAAGCAACCUGGUGCCAGACUUGAGCGUGCCAUCUCCAGCAAAAGCCAGCGCGGCUGCUAUCGUAGCGUCGCGCCGCCACAGGAAACUGAGGACAGCCGCUGAUGGACCAGUGUGUUCCGCCCUCGAGCUCCAAUCCCGCGCCAUCGUCCCCGGAUCGAUCCGAAUCGUCUACGCCGUCAUUUACAGUCUCUUCCUCGGUUUCGGUAUCACCAUCGGCACUGCGAUAUACGGUCUCAUAGACGAAAACGCCGUUUCGACGACCACCUGCGAGAACCAGAUCCCCACCUACCUGACAUUCAUCUUCGUCCCCCUGUUCGUUGUCUGCAUUGCCAUCCUUUACCAAGCCAAAUGGCGACAAAUGCCAGUCAUGUUGGUCGUCGCUUUUGCAGGUUACAUGGUAAACUACUUCUCCGGUCUCAGGUUCAGCGCAGCCCCCCAGGUCGCCAACACCCUUGGCGCUCUUACCGUCGGAGUCCUCGCCAACCUUUACUCACGUGUCCGCCAUGGAGUCGCCGCCGCAACUCUCAUCCCGGCCAUCUUCACCCAGGUGCCAGGAGGUCUCGCAUCCACCGGCGGUCUUCUGAGCGGUCUAACUACAGCCAACAAAAUCACAAACUCGACGCACUCGGUCAACGGCACGAGCUCCGUCACGUACGACAGCACCGAGAUGAACUCGGUUGUCUUCAACGUCGCCGCAUCCAUGAUCCAGAUCGCCAUCGGCAUCGCCGUUGGCCUGUUCCUCAGCUCUCUCAUCAUCUACCCGCUCGGCAAGCGUCGCAGCGGUCUGUUUAGCUUCUAA